UAUACGCACGUGUCCGGGCGCUACGGUGUAGCAGCGGGUUACGUCGUAUAAGUGGACAAUAAGUGCGCCUACUGAAACUAGAAGUGAACAUUUCUGUGAAUUAUGGUGAACUUAAAUGUUUGAGGAUUCCAGUUUGGUCGAGAUUUUUGCUAGUUGUUAUAUGUGAAGCGCAGGGAAGGUAUGUGGGGCGGCGGCGCGCAAUGCGUGCAUGCCUCGCUGCCGCGUGGGUCCCGCGCGCAGCCCGCUCCUACGCUCAGCGGCGCCAUCGCUAGCCGCCGCCCGCCCAGGCCCACGCCUCCCUCACCCACCCUAGUAGCACAGAUCGACUCAUCAGUUGCCUGCUUAUGGUUACUGACCCCACUAUCUGCCGGAACUGCUGUGGUUGCGGUCCUUAUCGCCGUCACAACAAAUAACUGGUUACACACGCAAGAAAACAUGUUAAAUCCAGCAUUCAACGGGUCCGGUAAACACGAGCUCGUUGCCAAACACACUGUAUCGGGACUUUGGCGAAUAUGUUAUACAGAACCUGGCAGUACCGUGUUUCGAUGUUUGGACAUACCAUAUUUCCCGCUGUUCCAGUAUACGCCGGAUCCGAGCGAUUCUACCUCUGCAAUACCAUAUGUUGUCACGCGCUCCGCAGUACCUCUUCUACUUGCUGUACUAACACAGGCAGUCGGCGCCCUUUGCUGUGUUUUAGGCCACUGUGUGAAGGGAAGAAGACUUUGUACAUUUAUUGCGGGAGUACUUUUUAUAAUAUCUGGUCUAAUCAUGCUGACUGGAAUCGUCAUGUACAUAUCUGUUUUCAAGUCCCAAGUGGGCCACAAACUCCGUUACAUGACAUUUUUUGAUACUCCAAGAAUGUCGUAUAGUUACGGCUACUCAUUUGGACUAUACAUUAGCGGGUUCGUUGCAGCAGAGCUAGCAGGAACAUCGGCUAUAUUUCUCUUCCUACAAUGGUACCAAAAAGACUGGAUAACAGAAUUAACAGAGAAGGCCAAAGUAGAUUGUCGUGCGUGGGACCGCGAGUUUGCCUUUUCAGACUUCAGGGAAAGAGACUCAACGUUAUUAGAAAGACGCAUGAUGAAAAGAGAUACCUAUCCUCCGAGUGGAUCGUCAGCAGCUACACCAAGAGAGCGAAGACGUUUUGUGUUUGAUGGAGACGAUGUCCCACAUUGCUCAAUACAUAAUAAAAAUCGGAGGGUGAAUUUAAGCUCAGCUUCGCUAAAAGAUUUAUCUUCCUCGACGCUUUAUGGAUUUCCCGCAGCGCCACGGCCAACGGCCUGCGACAACUAUUUUGAAGAGUUCAAAGAAGUCCCACAAAGCGCGAAUACUUUAAGUGGACUCCGAAGCGCAUCGAUAUUCCAGUCUCAGGCUUCAGUAGCCAGUGGAAGAUUUCUCGAUACCUCGGCAGUUGAGCCACCUCCAUCGAGAGAAGAGGAAAUGGUAACUUUCGGUCCUGGAGCGAGAGCAGCAGAUGAGAAACCACCUCGACACGAUCGCGCGGUCGGCACCGACCCUUACCGUAGAACUACCCCUGUUUGACUGACACACCCAUGGGUUUUACCCCCUGAAGCAUAUCGAUAAGUGAUAAAACGAUAACAACGUUUUCAUUAUAUGAAUAUAAAUAAGUAAAUGGCUGAGAAUAGCCAUCAAAUAAAAGAUCGUGUAAAGUGAUUUUCGAAUUUAUGAAC